AUGAACAGUGAUCAGAACUCAAAAGGAGAAGCAAUUAAAACCAGCACAGAAGAAGUAAAACCAACAGAAACCAGCACAGAAAAACAAAUUACUACUAAAGAUAUCUUAUUAGAUGGAUAUAAUACCAUUAAUAAGACAACUGCAGUAACAGCACAUGAAGAAUAUAUAAAUAGCAGUCUAACUGAACAGCAGCAAGCAGAGCAAUUAGAUCCUUCAUAUAAGCAACAACCAUUAAAGGAGGAAUCUGACAUGAGUGCCACUAAAGAUAUAACUGUAGAUGAAGCAAUUCCAGAUGAGAUAAUAGACUGGUUAUAUGGUGAAGUAGACCAAGCAGCCACUGAUAAGGAUGAGCUCUAUUUUUCAUCAGAACAUGCAGAUCAGUCUACUAUUAUUAAUGUAUUAGAGCAUAAUACAGUUAUACCUACUUCUGUAGCAGACCAAAUUAUUACUAGAACAGAAGGCUCUGCCACUGAUGAAGAAUAUGAUAAUGCAGAAGUACCUGAAUUUUUUAGACAUGGGUUAGAAAAUUUAAUUAAUGCACCAGAACUUUUUACACAAGAAGAAGAAGUAUCCAAGACUUUUAAGACAAUAUCCAUAAUAUUAUUAAUUAUUUUUAUAAUUAUUGGUACUAUAAUAUUAUUAAAUCCUAAUAAUAUAGUACACAAUUAGCAAUAAAUAAUACUUAUUACACAUACACUACUAUAUAAU